GCGUGUGGACGUUGUUGUGCGUAGAGUGCCAUCGAGUGACGGACGACGGUUUGGGCGGUAUAAUUGCGGUUUGCGGUUUUAACUGAAUGGGAUUUUUUUGUGUGUUUUGGUUGUGAAACGGUUUCGAUUUAAUGAACGUUUUUGGACCUGCCGUCUCGAAUUGUCCCGUGUGAAGUUCUCGUACGGAAAGUGACUUACGGGGUACAUACGGUAAAAUUUAGCAUCACGUCGACCGCGGUGGCGUAGUAUUUAAAUGGACUGUGCGAUUCACUGUGCGCAUUGAAAUAAGCCUCAGACGGUUUGGCUUUUUAUUUCGUUCAAACUGUGGUUGUUUUGUCCUUUUUGACUGUCCUGAUUGGACCGAAAUAAUACGGUGUAAAUGUGUCAGCGGCUUUUUGUGGUACAAUGCAGGGUCGCGUACAUUAACGAUUUCUGGUUUCAUAGUGCGUAUACGUAUUGAUCAGUGAAGUAGAGUGUAUAUAUUCGAUAUAAAAAAAUACAAGUUAUUUCUUACUGGUGGUUAAAUCAUUGAAGGAUUUAAAAGUCUAUCAGGUGCUGGGUGUGUCCUCAUCUUCAAUCCAAACGGCGUGAAAUUGUGAUGCAGAUCUACGAUGGUAGUCAAGAUAGGAUGCCAAUUUGUGCUUAAAAGGUUCAGGUGUGCCUUUGAGUGACAGGCAGUUUCUCUUGAAAUAAGUGCAGAAUCGGUGCAUUUCGUGGUAUGAGAGUGCACUUUAAUUCUACGGUAUAAGAAAACCCUGUUGGAUGGGCCAUGAGUGCUGCUGCAAUAUCAUAUGCUGCUGCUAACUGUCAGUUCAGAGUGCGACGGUAAACUCCAAAAGAAAAGGACCGCGUUGUGACAGAGGCCUUGUCCCGUUUUCGUUACUGUAAACUUUUUGUCUUGUGGUGGCAUUUUAAUCGGUCGGGCGAUAGCCCACUGAACUCUGACAGCUUUGUGAUCAUCGCGGGUGGAAUGACCAUUGCCGCCGCCGGUACGGAACAUUCCGCGCCAGAGAGAACACCGUGUAAAACUUCGAGUUUGCACAACACCCCCAAGGGUCAUCGGAGGUGGCGGUGAACGAAGGAAGUGCACUAGUGCCAGUCCCUUUCCGGGCAGAGCAGCGAGAACAAAUGCUCUGAUUGCCGGUCGACAGAAAAGGGAACGUUUGCAUAAAUCAUGAUAAAGUGAAAACAAAAGAAUACCAUUUUAAGGGGAGUGCGGAAAGGCAUCAAAGUUUAUCGCUGGCGGAGAAAAGGCAGUUGAAUGAUUAGUUAUCGUGUAUAAGUUGAAGUUUGUGUGCAGAAAAGGGCAAGUUAUAAAAGAAGCAAUAUCGGUGGGUGAAUUUUACAAAACAAAAAUGUGGUCAAUUAGUGACCUAGUGGUGGCCUUUUUCGGCGCGUGCUGUCUCCUAACGGCUGCGGCCAGUGGUAAGCUGGGCCGAGACGAUGUGGACAUCGAGGAGCUGCGAAAAUAUGGUGAUCUGGAUGGUUAUCAACGGGACGGGGAUAGUUUUUAUAGCGGCGGCCAGGAUGAAGUUCACGUCGCUCAACCGUUGCGACAUCGCAACGGACGGAUGAGGAUCGGUCAGCUGAGACGUGGCGGACUUAGAGCGCGUCAUUCGAAACACGAUCUCAAGUUCCUGUCCGGACUCACCUCAUCGUCGGCCGUCGAUACGGAUCACGGCUUUCAGAAGGCUACCGGAUUGUGGCCAUCGUUUUUCAACGUUGCAAUGAGGGCGACCAUUUCGGUGAAUGCAACCUGCGGCCAAAACGGGCGUGAGGAAUACUGUCGCCUGCAGGACUCGCAAAGAUCGCGAUCAUCCCAGUGUGGCAUAUGUGACGCCAACAAUUCCGACCUGGAGAAACGGCAUCCCAUCACGAACAUCGUGGACGGCGCGAACAGCUGGUGGCAAAGUCCGACCCUGCACAAGGCGAGCAAAAACGACCGGGUGACCAUUUCACUUGAUUUGGGACAGGUUUAUCAAGUGGUGUUUUUCACGCUGCGUGCCGCAAUCUCACCGCUACCCGCGGCCUGGGCAUUGGAAAAAUCCACCGACGGCAAGGUCUACAGCGCUUGGCAGUAUUUUGCUGCCGAUGACGAUGAAUGCCGGGAACGGUUUGGACUCUCGGCCCACACGGCCAACUACAUCUUCAAGAACGACUCGGAAGUGAUCUGCUCGACGCAGUUUUCAUCGGUGGAACCGCUCGAGAACGGUGAGGUCAACUUGUCGCUGAUCACCGGACGACCCAGCGAAAAGACAACCUCCCAGGAGCUGCUGAACUUUACGCUGGCGCGUUACAUUCGUAUACGCCUGGUGCGUAUGCAUACAGCCCUACACCGUACAGGUGCUUUCGGUGAUGGCGCGGGUGUGGUGGACGCGCAGGCGCAGGCAAAGCGAAGCUUUUACACCAUCCGCUCGCUACGGAUCGGGGGGCGGUGCUUCUGUUCCGGCCAUGCUGGCAAGUGCAAGGCGAACGAUAACAAUAUUGAUAACAUGCCGCGUUGCGAGUGUAUGCACAACACGUGCGGAACGCAUUGUGAUAAGUGCUGUCCACUGUUUAACCAGAGACCGUACCGAAUGGGGACUCCUUUUAUGGCGAAUAAGUGUGAAAAGUGUGAGUGCAACGGUCACGCUAAGGCCUGCUACUACGACAAGGAGGUGGACGAACAGAGUCUCAGUAUGAACAUCCGCGGCAAGAUGAGCGGUGGUGGAGUCUGUCUGAACUGUACCCGGUUUACAACCGGAAUCAACUGUGAACAGUGUAUGCCGUUUUACUAUCGACCCGAGGGAAGGCUACCGAAUGCGGAAGAACCAUGUCUUCCGUGUGAUUGCAGUGCACUGGGUUCCACGGGGGAAUGUAACGCGGUUGGUGGAGAGUGCGUCUGCAAGGAAGGGUUUACGGGGCCAAGGUGUGCGGAAUGUGCUCCCGGUUAUCGUGGGGAACGGUGUAUCAAGUGCCAGUGUGACAUUCGCGGAACUGUUCCGGGAGAAGUGUGUGGUGAAUUGAGCUGUAAGUGCAAACUGCACGUGGAAGGGGAACAGUGCGACCGUUGUGCUCCUGGGUAUUUUGGGCUCAGUGAGAAGAAUCCGGAGGGUUGUGUAAAAUGUUUCUGCUCGGGAAUUGGGCAAACGUGUCGAAGUAGUGCGUUUUCUGACAAAAAAAUUGAAACACUGGACGGGUGGAGUGUGACGGAUAUCUCUAAAUCGGUGGUGGCCUAUCCGACGAGAGACAAUGAGACGGGUUUUAUGGUUUUCGGGAUGUUUGAGCUGUCGGAAACGGAAGCAGUGUACUGGUCUGCACCUGAGGUGUAUCUAGGAAAUCGACUGCAAAGCUACGGUUCUAAUAUAAGUUUCAAAAUGUCCUGGGUGAUAGUGCGUGGUGAUACUAGUGGGAAACCUACGACCGGUCCCAGUGUGAUAUUAUUUGGACGGAAUGGAAUGAAGAUUGCCUACGGUGAUGAAACAUUCACAGGACCUUCGAAUGUAACAAUUGAUGUCGUUCUGAAGGAAGAUCAUUGGUAUCAUGUUCCGAAAGGAGUGAAAGACAUCAUAACGCGGCUGAAGAGAACCGAGUAUCAUGGAGAUCCGGUGACACGGGUUCAGUUUCUCUCAGUAUUAACAAAUGUGGAAAGUAUUUUACUGCGGGGAACCUACCACACGGAUCAAGUGGAAAGUGUCCUUCAAUUGGCGACUCUCAACACAGAAAGAAAUGAAACGCUAGAAGCAUCGACUGAGCUUAGUCUAGUGGAAGAGUGUGACUGCCCACUGGGAUAUACUGGGCUAUCGUGUGAGUUAUGUGCUUUUGGAUAUGUGAGAAUUUAUGAGAAUACGAUUACCCAUGAAAACGUUGCCAGAUGUAUUCCGUGUACGAUGUGCAAUGGCCAUGCGGAAAGUUGUGACCUCGAAACUGGGGAAUGUGGAGUGUGCCAUCAUAAUACAUUCGGAGAAACGUGUGAGCGAUGUUUGCCUGGGUUUUACGGAAAUGCAUUGAUCGGUACACCAAACGACUGUAAGAAGUGUGCCUGUCCGUUGGUGGACGCCAGCAACAACUUUUCGCCGAGCUGCCAGCUGAAGGGUGCUGUCGGGCUAACGAAUGCUACCGACUACGUUUGUACGCAGUGCCCCGAGGGCUAUACAGGUGAUCAUUGUGAAAUAUGUGACGACGGCUACUAUGGAAAUCCGCUGGAGCUGGGGGAAAAGUGUCUCCCCUGUCCUUGCCAUGGUGGUCCCUGCCAUGCGAGAACUGGGGAGUGUAUUGAGUGUUUAGGAAACACCGAAGGCUGGCGUUGUGAGCGGUGCAAAAGUGGCUAUUGGGGCGUUCCGGAUGAGGGUUGUGAGCCGUGCAGUUGUUCGGCGGUCGGAGCACUGGAGAAUCUCUGCGACGUUACUACCGGACAGUGCAUCUGUAAGCCCCGCUACGGAGGGCGGCUUUGUGAUGAGUGUGAUAGAGGCCACGGAAAUUUGGCCCUUGAUUGCCCGGCCUGCGAGUGUCAUGUGAAUGGGUCCACGAGUAGUGUUUGUGAUAAAACUAGUGGUCAGUGUGAGUGUACAUUGGGCUCCCAGGGGUUGAAAUGUGACCAGUGUGCGGAGGAGUUUUUCGGGCUUUCUGAGGAACAUCCCGGUGGCUGUGAAGGUUGCAACUGUCACAUCCAAGGUUCGGUCAAGCGGAUCUGCAACCAGCACAGUGGGCAGUGUGUUUGUAAGCCGUACGUGGAGGGCCGCCAGUGUAAUCGGUGCAAGACGGGAUUCUGGAAUGUGGAUUCCGGUGCCGGUUGUAUUCAGUGCAGCUGCGAUCCCAAUGGAAGUGACCACCAGGAGUGCGAUAUGUACACGGGACAGUGCUUCUGCAAAGCCGGCGUCGAGGGCACAAACUGCGACCGCUGCCAGCAGGGCUACUACGGGUUUUCUAGUCAUGGAUGCAAGAUUUGUGAAAAAUGUGCGAGCCCAGCGUACGUGUGCGACCCGGACACGGGACGUUGCGUCUGUCCGCCGAACAGUCACGGUCCGGAGUGUCGGACGUGUGCGGUAAAUAGCUGGGGCAAUGUGUUCCAGCGGGGUUGCCAACACUGCGAAUGCGACAUCACCGGUUCGAUAGGACAGAACUGCGACAGCCACAGUGGACAGUGCAAUUGUAAGGAAGGUUUUACCGGGCGGCGGUGUACCGAGUGCGCUGUUGGAUAUUACGGUUACCCGAAUUGUCGUCGGUGCAGUUGUGACGAGAAGGGAUCGGUUGCGGGUCCUGGAGGGAUGCGUGGAUGCGAUGAUAAUGGGCAGUGCCAUUGUAAGCCGCUGGUGUUCGGACGGACUUGCGAUCAGUGCAAGGCGGCCACAUUCGGACUGGCUUCGGUUAAUCCUGAUGGUUGUACCAGGUGCUUCUGCUUUGGACGGUCGCAGGAAUGCGAGCAGAGUAAGCUCUCAUGGGGUCAAAUUCGGUUGCCAGGUUCCCGAAAUCUCAGUGUUGAAUAUGUAGCGAAGGAUGAGGAUGACUUCGAUUUCGAUUACGUUGUAGUGAUUCAACUCGAAGGAACGAAAAUGAACAGAGAAGAUGCGGAGAUUAAGAACAUGAACAAUCUUGAUUUGAUUCCCAGUUCGACGGGAAAUGUUUCGAUUGGAGCGUAUAGUGCGUUCCAGUAUCCGUUGUACUUCCAACUGCCACCUCAGUUUCUCGGGGAUCGAACCUCAAGUUACGGAGGGUUACUGAAUUUCAGUCUAGUCACUGUAGGAGCGUAUGAAAGUAUUCCGGAGGCAUCCCUUCGGCAAUUUCCUCUCGUGCAGUUGCAUACCCACGACGAACUGGUUUUGGAUUUCUAUGAGGAGAACAUAGUUUUCGACAAGAAAGUGAUUCAGCAUUCCGCGAGGAUACAAGAGAGUUUUUGGAAGAAUCACUACGAUGGGUUACCGAUCACGAGAGCCGUUCUGAUGGUGGCACUGCAAAAUGUGAGGCACGUUUUUGUACGUGGAACAAUAACGGAGGAUUUUCGACAAGUUGUGUUGGCGAAUGUAACGCUAGACACUGGAAUUUACGUGGCGGGGACGGACAACAACCAGGCUUUUGGCAUUGAGCGAUGUGCUUGUACGGCACAAUACAGUGGAUUUUCUUGUCAGGAUCCUGGUCCAGGUUAUUAUCGCUUCAAACCUCGGUUACCGAACCAAGUUCCUGCGACAAUCGAGGAUUAUAUUGGUAAGGUGCUGCCCUGCGAUUGCAAUGGACGAAGUAACGAGUGUCAUCCGGAAACUGGAGUGUGCUUGAACUGUUGGAAUAACACCGGCGGUGACUACUGUCAAGUCUGUGCGGAAGGUUUCUACGGCAAUCCAAACUAUGGAUCGUGUGAGCCAUGUCCUUGUCCUGAGACACGGAAGAACUUCGCGAAAGGUUGCGUGGUGCGUGGAGAUGAAGUUAGUUGCAUUUGUAAGCCAGGCUAUACAGGAGUGUUGUGUGAGUCCUGCAUCAGGGGUUACUAUGGAUCGCCACAUUUGGAGGACGGUCGGUGUGACUUUUGCGACUGCAAUCGAGAGGGCAGCCUGUCUGAGGAAUGCGAUCCUCGGAGUGGACAAUGCCGUUGCAAACCUGGAAUUACCGGAAGACGGUGCGAUCGAUGCGAGCAGCCCAAGCACAUCGUUCAAAACUACAAGUGCAAGUUAUGUGACAAUUGUACGAUUAUUUUGAUCGACGACCUGACCGAUUUAACUAAUCGAAUGGAAGAGGAAACGUCUCACAUUGAUCAGAAUGGAAUACCAGCUCCGUGGAUUGAGCUGGAACGAUUCGAAGAAGAAUCACAAACCCUCGGAAAAGCGGUCGGCCAAUUGUUAGACGUAAAAGAUCGAGUUAGCAACUUUGACAAUUCAAUAAUCGAUAAUCUGAAACGCAACGCAACCAGGUUAAACAAACGUCUCAAUAAACUUUCGAGUCGUGUGAAUGAAUUCCAAGAUAUGUCCGUCAUCAAGGCUCUGGAUCGAUCGGUAGCUCUUAGCGAAGACAUCACUGACACAAGAGGCAUUAUCGUACAGACAAUAGCCGUACUAGAAAACUAUGGCUCGGGAGAUCAUCACAUCAAGCUGCCAAUAGCGCUACAGGAAGCGAACGGUCUGCUGGAUGACAUAAAGUUCCUAUACGGAAAGAUUCGGCCAAAGAGUGAGGUGCUGGACUGCGCCAUUAAACAGUACGGUUUUUGGAGCAACUUUUCGGAAGUUGUUGAUCGUCAGAACAGCCGACUGGAUGAUCUAAAGUUCGAAUUUGCUAUUUUCCGCAAUCGAAUGGACGAUUUUGAUCGUCUGAAUAGGGAAAUCUUUAACAAUGCUACUCUGACGGAGACGUUUAUAACAAAAAACGGACGAAAACUCGCCGAAAUCGAUAAAAAACAUCAACAAGCUUCCGAAAUGGCCACAGAUAUUGAAAAUUUUCUGAAUAACAAUAUUCUUGCGGAUAGCAACGUGAAGAUCGAGCAAAUUACGGGCAAUUUUGAUCAGCUCGAGCAGAACAAGGAGAAUCUCGUUUUGUUGAAUAACGCACUGGAGGACACGAUCAAAGAGUUCGACCGGAGAAUUACUGAGCUCGAGCGAGAGGACAUUCCGAUGGCCAUUGGUUACAGUAAACAGCUGGACAGAGAGUCCGACCAGUAUCAGCAGAAGUUCAAGCACACCGAGGAUGGAGCUGCGAAUGCCAUGAAGGCAAGCAUGGCAUACGAGAACAUUAUCGGGGCAAUAGUGUCCGCCCAAGAGCUCGCAGACAAGGCGACGGAUAGUGCCAAAACUGCUAACAAUAAAGUCAAUCCUCUAGGGGACGUUUCGUUGGUAGAGCGCAGUGAGCAUUCGAUGAACGUUUCGGCUAGUAUCGAGAAGAAAGCUCAUAAAGAACUGGAACGGGCAAACGAGCUGAACGAAAUAAUGGUGAUGAAAGAGAAGAAUGUCGAAAGUCUGCAGUACCGUCUGCGGCUCGCGGGAGUGGACAACAACAAAGUAAUGGAGGAGCAAGGCAACCUCAACCGAGGGGCAGCAAUGAAUAAGCUCCAAACAACGCUGGAUCAGGCGAACAUCGUUUCGGAUCAGAUGAAAUACGUCCGGGAGGAAGCGGUCACACUGAACAGUGAUGUGUACAAAUUAAAGCUUAAGCUGGCGAAACUGGAACCUGAGUGGGAUACGAAGUUUGGAAUGGCCGAAGAGAAUGUAUCCCAAUCGCUGGGAAACAUAUUGAACGCCAAGAAGGAGCUCAACGGAGUGGAGAAAUUGGCGCGAACGCAGAGCCAGAAGUUCCAGGCGUGGAAUGCCUCUUUCUCGGCCCAGCUACAAGAGCUGAAGGAUAAAAUCGCUCGAGCCAAGCACGCUGCUGAGGGGAUCCGCGUUUCACUGGAAUCGAAGGCCGGCUGCAUCCGCUCGUACGCACCAGUUUCCUAUGGUCCGUCGACCACCAACCGCAUCAUGAUGUCGGUAGCGCUCAACUCGGACAACUACGAAUCGCCUCUGGUGUACAUCCAAGGUGAAGAGCGUCGCUUCAUCGCACUCGAAAUGCACCAGCGAAGGAUUAGAUUGGUUUGGAAUCUAGGUGACGAAGAGAUCGUGAUCACCCAUCCGACGGAGAUCAAACUACGGGAUCCGAAAUAUGACGAUGCGUGGUACUUCAUAGAGGCCAAUCGCACCUUCAAUCUGUGCAACUUGAAUGUUCGACGGAUGACGCAUAGUGGAGUGCUGGUGGCUGCGAAUGCUGUAUCUGGAGCAAGCAGUCCGGAAUUUUCCAAGCUGACCAUGGGUCCAAGCAGUCGAAUUUGGGUGGGUGGAGUUCCUGAUGAAUUGAGAACGCCGGGGCUACGAGCUAAGACGGGUCUCGGUGUGGUGCUAAGCCAGCUGUACGUUGAUCAGCGACAAAUUGGGUUAUGGCACUUCUCUUCUUCACAAGGCAACUGCGGCGGAGCGAUGCUUGGACCUCAGGAGAGUUCAACAACCACGACCGAGCGGCAUUUCAAUGGCGACGGCUACGCCGUUCUUCAGAAGUCGUCUAGCCAUAGAAGCAAGAACCAGUUUAGUUUAACGUUGAGCUUUAAAACUUUGGAUGAAAACGCACUCAUCUUCCUGGCAUUGGAUGAAACCAAUAACCGCUCCAUUUCGCUCACACUGUCUCAAGGCAAACUAGUGUUCCGCGUCGACUACGGUGGAGAUUCCAAGCUGGAAAUCAACACAACCAACCGGUACAAUACGGGUCACUGGGUUAAUGUUGAGGCUGCACGAUCCUUCUCGAAAGGCAGCACCGAAAACGGAAUUCUCAAGGUGGACAAUAAGGAAGAGUUCCGUGGAGCCCCCACGAAACCAAUCAAUUCCGGAAUGCUGCCAAAUCUUGAAAACAACUACUAUUUGGGAGGCGUUCCGCCAGGGUUCAAAUCCGGAACUACCAAAGCACCUGGAGCAGAUCACGCAUUCUUGGGUUGCCUGAAAGGUGUUCAAAUAACUGGAGUCUCGUACGAUCCAUUGGAUAGUUCACAGCACUUUGGAAUAGAAGGUUCUUGCGUAGACACGAUUAGCAGAGCUGGCUUCUACGGUAACGGAUUCGUGGAGUUCCCAUCACACAGUCUUCGGAAGCGAGCCAACUUUGGGUUCGUUUUCCGUACACUAGAACCGAACUGCUCUUUACUACUGUCUGGUUUCCCUACCCAAUUGGCCAAUGAUUUCGACUCGAAAGAUAUGCGCGGAAACUACUCCGUAUUUUUAUACGAGGGAAAACUUAACCUAUGGGUCGACUCCGGGGCCGGUCGUGUUGAAAUAGUUUCGAACAAUACUUUGAACGAUGGAGAAUAUCAUGUGAUCAGUGUUAUCAAACGUGGCCGAACGGUUGAGCUGAGAAUCGACGAUGAAUUGCAAGGAUCUAAAGCCCUUCCCAAAGCGCAAGCCCUGGUAAACAUGCCCGGUGAGCUAGGAGGACUGUUCCUGGGUGGCGUUCCAGAUGAUCCCGCUUUCGAUAAUCUAUCCAAAUCAUUCAACGGACUGAAGGGCAUGAUCGCGAACGUCGUUUUCAACAACCGAACGAUCUCCUUCGAUCAGGCACUCCACUUCACAAACGUUCAAAUGGGUCGGUCCGGACCGCCCAUGGGAUCGCACAUUCUGCAUACUGCUCUGAUGAAGACUGAACCGAUAGGACGCAGCUUUAAGCCGCCCCCGGAGGGAUGCAACCGGGUUGGAAGCUACUCGUAUGAACCGAACGCAUUCAAGUAUGGUGACAAACCACAAAGUCAUUCUAUAGUCAAUGUGGCCGCACGUCAUCUCUGGCAACGAAACUUCAUUAUCCAGUUCGACUUCCGCACCUUCUAUCCGAACGGACUUCUGUUUGUUGCUUUGGGCUCCAAGGAAAAAGCAAAACACUACAUCACCCUAUCGCUUCGGGACGGUUCCCUACUGCUUACGGUGCGUGGACGCAAACGAGAACAACUGCUGCUGCCGGUAAAACUAAACGACGGCCAGUGGCAUCAAGUAUCGCUCAACAGCGUCAAGAAGAAAGCCACACUGAGCGUCCAGAUCGGAGACAGCCAGAGUUUGGCACAGAUCAAGCUACCAAAGAAGUUGAAUGCUGCCAACAACCUUUUUGUUGGCGGUAUUCCGGACGACACGCUGCUGCCGAAGGAAUGGCAAACGAGACCGGAAGAGUUCAAGGGCUGUCUGCGAAAGUUUUCGGUCAACAACAACACUCAGGAUUUGGCACGACCCGGACGGAACCUGAACGUGGGCCAAUGCUUUCCACGAAUCGAGCAGGGCUCCUACUUUCCGGGCGAUGCGUAUGCAAUUUAUAAACGCAAUUUUAACGUUGGAAAGUUCAUGGAUGUCGAUCUGGAACUCCGAACGUCCGAGGUUAAUGGAAUCCUGAUGAGUGUGGCUGACUCCACAAACGGUUUCCCCGCUUUUUCGCUGGAGAUUUCUAAUGGGAAUGUCAUCCUGUCGAUAGAUGUCGGUGACGGCUAUCCGAUCCGGGUGCAGAGCACGCUGCCCUCGAAGUACACCCUCUGCGAUAACCGAUGGCACAACGUGUCCGCCCUGUACGAGGACCACCAGAUAGUGCUGCGAGUGGACAACUAUCCACCGAACACACUGCUAGUGCAAUCGAACGAGGUGCUGCGAAGGGUUGUCACCAAGGCACCGCUCUACAUCGGUGGCUUACCAGACACUGCCCCCAGUGGAACGCUGCUGCUGCGGGAGAACUUCAAGGGCUGCAUUCGGAAUGUGGUGAUACGAAACGAACGAAAGGAUUGGACCGAUAUGGACAAUCUGCACAACGUCCUACUGAGCGAGUGCCUAGCCGUCAAUUGACGAUUGGGGAUGCUCCCCUCUCCUGCUUCCUCUUACCCAGUCAUCACACGUUUGUAAAUAGUAGGUCACUUUUGUUGUAGCAUUAGCAUAUGAAUACGCUUAAAGAAUAGUGCUAUUGCAAGCGAUCAAAUUUGGUUCCACAACUUCAUUGCCUUGAAGUUAUUCAAGAGGGAACUACGACAUACCAAAUAAAAAUAUUUUCAAUUUACUUACAUUAUUUGUAUGUAUACCGAUAAACGAAGGCUUCGAGAGGCUGCAGCUUAUCACGAGAAGAUAUCCGAUCAAAGAGAUGUGCCUUGCGUUUUUCUGUGAAAUAAUGAAUGUUCGUACAAACCACCGAUUCUAAGUUAGUGUUGUCGAAGAUAGAAUUCUAGUAGAACUGAGUGUUAUCAUUGAACCGAAAAAAACUGUACAUUAUAUCCAAGUCACACACUGUUUAAGUAACGUAAGUAUUUAUUUUCACUGACUAAACCGAAAGCUACUGCCAACUGUUGGUGAAUGCACCGGGCGCCUCCUUAGGCCCCGGGGCGAUUCCUAUUCAAUAUGAAUGAACUAUUUAUGCCAGCAAAUUUACGGUAAGAUAAAAAGAUCACAUAUACUGCCAUAUAACUUAGCUAAGGUAAUAUAUUGAAAACGUGUAUUUAACGUUAGACAAUUAAUUAUAAUAUGUUAGGAUUUUCCCCAGUAUGGGCAAAAACGCCCUGCAGAUGUAAAUUGUUUCUAUUUUAUUUUAUUAAUACACCCAACAUAAGCCAUAAUAAUGUACUAUGAUGUUUCUGUGAAAUGAGUUAUUGGAAAAUAAAUGAAAAUAUAUGUAU